GCCAUGGCAAGAGUGUGGAGAGAGGGCCAAAAACGGCCAGUGCAUCUCUACCGUCUGGUGACUGCUGGCGGCCUGGAGGAACGAAUCUUCCAACGUCAAGUAGCCAAGUCCUCCCUAGCCCAAUGCGUCGUGGCUGACUGCCCUCCUAUCUUCAAUACCACCGGCAAGCCCAAUUCACAGAGCCGAUUAACACGUGAAGAACUGAGGCCCCGCGGCAUAAUCGAUUUGGGCGACAAUGCCCUUGGUGCUCUGUCCUGUGAACAGCAAUUUGGCCCUGAGAAAUUUGAAAUUGUCCUCUUAAUUCCUCAGGAUGGCUGGCUUCUCGCACUUACGAAGUCAUUCGGUAGACCAGUCAGACUUGAUACUGGCAAGACAGUCUUACCAGAUUUUAAAGGAUCAGUCAACCAACAUCCUCAUGUAAAUUCUGCAUCCUAA